GGCUGGUUUCCGGGAAGGGGUGGGGCAGGCAGAAGAACUCUUGUUGGCGUCUCGCGGUAAUGGCGACGGCCGCGGGUAGUUCGAGUUCGGCCGCCGCCGGGGCCGAAUUCUUGCGAGCGCUGAGGACCGAGCUCGAUUUGUACAUCGUGCAGAUACUCCAGGAACUCGAGCAGCUGGAAGAAAAAAGGGCGACCCUGAACGCCCUAGUGGAGGAGUCUCGCUACAACUUGGGGACCAAUGCUGUCAGCCCCCUUCAAUGUGGCUCCUCUGUGACGCCCCUCUUCCGUGCCUGCACUAGUGAGCCCGAAUCCGGUCAGCCCCAGGUGACUCCCACUGAACCCGAGGCCCCGAAGGACUCGCCACCCCAGGAGGCCCAUGGCGUGAUUGAGCGUGAGGAGGCCUUGCUUCCCCCAGUGCCUCACGAGCAGCCGCAGCAAGAGGACUCUCCUGUGCUGCCCCAGCAGCCCACCGCCUUACACCGAGCCAACUCCUCAGCAGGAUCCCCUGAACUGGUUUGCUCUCUCGGGGCCCCGCAGUCUGCGGCAGGCCCGGAGAACCUUCCGGAAAGCUCUGCUGAUGGUAGCGGAGAUUGCUGAGCUUCAGAGCCAAAUAAAGGGGAGAAGAGGCCGGAUCCAAACCCUACGACAGGAGAAGCGGAAACUCCUCCAUCAGCUGAAGAUGGCUUGAAGAUAUCAAAAUCUGGAGUGCAAAUAAAUGAUCAGUCUCAA